AUGAAGUGGUUCGUAUCUGCCAUCGCUUUCCUCGCCAUCCAGGUUGUUUCGGCCUCUCCUUUGGAGAAACGGGCUGGUGUCAACGACGUCGCGACUUUGGGCUACGCUACUCUCAAUGGAGGAACUUCUGGUGGCUCCGGGGGACCGACUACCGUCGUAACUUCCCUCUCGGCGCUCACUUCGGCUGUUGCUGGUGAUGCGAAGAAGAUUGUCAUCAUCUCAGGUACCAUCACCGGAAACACCGUCGUCAAGGUCGGAUCGAACACCUCUGUCCUUGGUAGAAACGCUGUCCUCAAUGGUGUUGGGCUCCGUGUUAUCAACGUGAACAACGUUAUUAUCCGCAACAUCAAGGUUUCCAAGGUGUUGGCUUCGGCCGGCGAUGCCAUUGGCGUCCAAGCUGCUCAUCAAGUUUGGAUCGACCAUCUCGACUUAUCUAGCGACCGUGACCACGACAAGGACUUCUACGACGGUCUCCUCGAUAUCACCCACGGAUGCACUGGCGUCACUGUAACCAACACCAUACUACACGACCACUGGAAGGCUUCCUUGGUCGGCCACUCCGACAGCAACGGUUCCGAGGAUGUCGCCAUCACCGUCACGUACGCCAACAACGUCUUCUCGAACUUGAACUCCAGAACCCCCUCUUUCCGCUUCGGCCAUGGCCACAUCUUCAACAACGUGUUCGACAACAACAACGAUGGCAUCAACACGCGCGACGGUGCCCAGCUUCUUGUCGAGAACAAUGUCUGGACUGGAACUGACAAGCCCCUCUACGCGACUGACGAGGGCUUCGCUGUUGCACGCGGAAACGAUUUUGGAGGUGCAUCCAACACCGCACCCAUUGGCUCCUUUACCUCCGCCCCUUACUCGUACUCGCUCGUUGCCGCAGGCAGCGUUAGGUCCGCUGCAUCCUCAGCCGGAGCCACACUCUCCUUCUAA